ACUCUUUACUCGCAAGCUCCCCUUGCAACACUCUUUUCACUCUCUGUAUCAAGUAUCAACCAAUACUUGAAGCAAUUAGUAAUAAUUAAUUUUCUUAAUUCGAGACUAAGUAUUCGAGCAAAAAUUAAUGGCGAGCGCGGAAUUUGAGGCGACGGAGCUCAGACUGGGGUUGCCAGGUGGUGGAGGGGGUGGAGGUGGUGGUGGUGAUGAAGGAGCGAAGAAUUUGGGGAAGAGAGGGUUUGAGGAGACAAUAGAUUUGAAGCUGAAGCUUGAGACUACGACGGAGUCGAAGGCGGCAAGUGUAGGUGAAGCGGUGAAGAGGGCUCCGAGCCAGAAGAGUUCAGGGACUAAUGGUGUUGUUAAUGAUCCUGCUAAGCCUUCAGCUCCCAAGGCACAAGUUGUGGGUUGGCCACCCAUUCGAUCUUUCCGAAAGAACAUCAUGACCGUCCAAACUGAGAACGGAUCCAACGAGGAGUCCGGCACUCAGUCGGCCUUUGUUAAGGUGAGCAUGGACGGCGCACCUUAUCUCCGUAAGGUCGACCUCAAGAUGUACCGCAGCUACCAAGAGCUCUACAUGGCACUUGAGAAAAUGUUUAGCUCCUUCACUAUUGGAAAUUGUGGCUCUCAAGGAAUGAAUGGGAGAGAUUUCAUGAAUGAGAGUAAGCUUAUGGACCUCUUGAAUGGUUCAGACUACGUUCCAACUUAUGAGGACAAGGAUGGAGAUUGGAUGCUCAUUGGCGAUGUACCUUGGGCAAUGUUCGUUGAAUCAUGCAAACGUUUGAGGAUCAUGAAGGGUUCAGAAGCUAUUGGACUGGCUUCAAGGGCUGUGGAGAAAUGCAAGAGGCGAAGCUAAGUAAUUAAAGGAACCAUAUAUAGCUUGCUUAUUCAGGAUCCUGGUCAAAAAAGUGUCAACAUUGAGCUCGAGCCCGAUCUGAAUUGAGCAUAGCAUUUGAUUAUGUGCGCGUACGUAUGUGUCAUGUUUUGUUAGUUUACAUAUAUAUGUGCGUGAAUACAAGUUGUUAGUGUAAAAGAUAUGAAAUUAUUAUUAUUAUUAUUAUUAUUAUUAUUAUAUAUUUGGACAAAGACGCAUUACUUAUAAGACUUGUAUGUAUGCUAGACUGAUUUUUGUCAUGGUGUGCGUUUAAUGACCUAAUCUAUGUGCCCUGUACAUAUUGAAAUGGAUCUGUACGUAGCAUGAGAUUCUUUUUCAUGUGGUAGUUUGGGAGUCUUGUUGCUAU